AUGGAACUUCCAUCGAAAAUGACCAACAGAAGCCCAGCCGAGGAACUCCGUGUUUACAGACGAUGCCAAAGCGUACCGUGUGGAUGCACAGACGAAGGUGUCUUUUAUUAUAAACCGGAAAACUUCAGAAGCUGCACAGUGGACAGAGUAGGACCCGAACGACAACGGCAGACGAUGGAAGAAAAAUUCAAGACGUGGAAACCACUGCAACAUGUGAGGCGCUCGAGAUCCCGGACCCGGCGCAUCAGACAUGUGCUAUGUCGCAAGUCAGGCUACCUCGUGUGGUCAUCACUUUGGCCAACCAGACGGGCUCGGGCGCCACCUCGUUACCUUAAUACACGGGCGCCGAAAAUCAACAAGCAGCCACCGGAAACGAAGGAGCAUUCGGCGCCGCAGACGGACCAACAUCAGCAGCAGAAGCAAGCAGAACACGAAAAUGAUUCGAAGGCGUCGUUGUAUUAA